GGCCGAGAUCGGGCUUAUCGCCUCCUUGCCGCUCGUACUUUACGUUUCUCUUACGUUCCCCACCCUGGAUAAUGUGCGACGAGUAGCACAUGCAGAUAUAAAAGCGAACUUACGAGGGUGCCGGAUUCAGUCGCUCGCGACACGUGUGUACGAUUUGACGAGACAAAAGGAGAAGUGACAGCUUUGUAUUUUGGAGCUCUUUGUGACCCUUGAAAGCGAAAGAGCGACUAUUCGAGUAGGAAGGGCCAAGAAAAGCAAAGAAAGCCGCCUCUGUCGCUUCAACCCCCGAGAUUUCAACGAUUAGGAAAGAGGAGACUUCGUCAGCGUAUCGUAUUCCUCGAGGAUAAUUAAUCUCCCAAGGAUGAUCUCCGCGUUGAAAAUGUGCUGCGGCCGAUUGUCGCAACGAUGGAUAUUCGCUUUCAUGGGGUUUUUGGCGAUCCUGAAUGCCUAUACGAUGAGAGUCUGCCUUUCAAUCACUAUUACGGAAAUGGCGGUUUCGAUCAAACACAAUUAUACAGAUCAAGAUACUUGUAAAUAUGAUACUGCUGAGAAAGAAUCUGUAACAUAUUCGAUGGAAGGGAAAUACGAUUGGGAUGAACGUACGCAGGGCCUUAUCCUCUCGUCCUUCUUUUGGGGCUACAUCCUCACGCACAUUCCGGGCGGAAUACUAUCUGAGAGAUUCGGCGGCAAAUACACCCUCGGUCUUGGCAUUCUCUCGACAGCAAUAUUCACCUUGUUGACACCGUUAGUGGUCCAAUGGCGCGGUGCAGUUGGUCUGAUCGUGCUACGGGUUCUCAUGGGUCUCGGUGAAGGCACGACAUUCCCAGCGUUGAACGCCUUGCUGGCGCAGUGGACACCGCCGGAGGAGAGAUCGAUAAUCGGUUCGCUGGUAUUCGCUGGCGCCCAACUCGGUACAGUGUUCGCCAACCUGGUAUCUGGCCUGAUCCUGCACCAGUACGAGUGGCCCGCGGUCUUCUACGUGUUUGGCAGCAUUGGCGUGCUAUGGUUUGUUGUGUUCGUGCUAAUUUGCUACAGCAAUCCGUACGAACAUCCGUUCAUCUCUGAACGCGAGGUCAAGUUUCUACACGAACGUAUGAACGAGCACACUCAUACGAAACCUCCACCCGUGCCUUGGCGGCACAUGUUGCGCUCGGCGCCCCUCUGGGCCCUGAUCGCCGCCCAGGUCGGCCAUGACUGGGGUUUCUUCACCUUGGUCACCGAUCUGCCCAAGUACAUGAGUAGCGUGCUUAAUUACUCCAUCAAGAGCAACGGUCUGGUCUCUGCGUUGCCCUACCUCAUCAUGUGGUUCUGUAGCAUAGGGUCAUCCUGGCUAGCUGACUGGAUGAUCAUCAAGGGCAUUAUGUCGCGCACCAACGUGCGAAAACUUGGUACCACAAUCGCCUCCAUAGGCCCGGGAGUCUUUAUUAUCGCCGCCUCUUACUCUUCGUGCGACCGAACGCUGGUGGUAGCUAUGUUCACCAUUGGCAUGGCUCUAAUGGGUACCUUCUACCCCGGAAUGAAAGUCAACGGGUUGGACCUGUCUCCCAAUUACUCUGGCACUCUAAUGGCAUUGGUGAACGGGAUGGGUGCCCUCACUGGGAUCAUCACACCGUACAUCGUCGGAGUGUUGGCGUCCGAGCAAACGAUGUCCCAAUGGCGAACCGUCUUCUGGAUCGUCCUGGGUGUCUUCAUCGUAACGAACGUAAUCUUCGUCAUGUAUGCCAGCGGCGAAGUUCAGUACUGGAACGACCCUGAUUUCGUCAUACGAGAUCGAGAGGAAAGAUCGCGCAAGAAGAAGGACAAAAAGACGAAGUCGGCAGAAAAAGCAUGAAAAUAUUAUUCACGACGCUUUUCCUCGCGGUGCCUCAGAGAGUAAUUUUAACAAAUGAGAAGCAAUUGGAUUUGUUAAUAAUCUCGUUAUCAUCACAGGACAUUGUCCUUUCUCAACGUACUCUUAAGGUCCGCUCGUCGUUUUGCCACAACUUUGAACAAAGAUCUCACAACCGCGUGAGGGAAAGAUGCCCGAAAAAGAUGUGCAUUAACACCUCUCGCUCUUCUUGAAUAAUAAUUUAUGCGUGACAUUAAGUCGCGUGGUGCCGGAAUGCAUCUCGAGUUCAUGUCAAUCCGUAUCGUGAACGCUGAAUGUACCGGCGAUGUUUUGCAAGCGAGCCUUUUCGUGAAAGAGGAAAUUGUAAAUUAAAGCCGAUAGAUCAACAGCGAUUGUAUAUAUUGCGUAGGGUUUAAGUAAAUGUACAGUAUAAAUAUAAUUUAAUUGAAUAAAACUGUAUUUCUAUUUCUA